AUGUCCACAAUACCAUUACAUAUUGGUAAUUUACAAUUUGAUUUUACAAAACGUUUAUUUUCAAUCGAUCGAUUUGAUGAUCAUAAUUCAACAAUUACUGCAACUAAUCUUACUACAACAAAACAGCAACAAUUUAAACGAACAUUAACAGUGAAUAUUGGCUGUGCUAUUAUUGAUCAAACUAUACAAAUAAAAGAAUAUACUAUGAAUGAUAAUUUGAUAACAGUUAAAAUUGAUAAUGGAAUUGAACUGAUAAUUAAAUAUGAUGCAACAGAAGAAUUAUACGAAAAAUAUGACAUAGAAUGGUUAAGUACCAGAGAUUAUCAUUAUAUGAAAGAUAUAAUACAAGCUGAUACAAAUAGCCAGUGGUAUGGUGGACCUCAAGUAGCUCAACAAACUUGGCCAUUAGCUGAAACUAUGCAACAUUUUUCACCAUAUGUACCAUCGGAUACACUAAAGGCUAAUACUGUUGCACCAACUCUUUCCUAUUCAAUAUUUGUAGCAAAACGCUGUACGUUACGUGAAUUUCACGUACUUCUUCAUAAAAAUUUAUACGAUUCAUGUACAACUAUUCCUGAUGAAGCAUUGAUUCGUAAGCCUAUUUGGUCAACUUGGGCAAGGUACUCGGAGAAAGUAACUCAGUAUGAUGUGCUUGAAUUUGCUCAAGAAAUUCUAAAUAAUCAUGCUCCGAUCAGCCAGCUUGAGUUGGAUGAUAAUUGGGCCACAUGUUAUGGCGAUUUUGAGUUUAAUAAGACCAAAUUCCCGGAUGUCGAAGGUAUGUGCAGGCAACUCGAUCAAUGGAAAAUUCGCUUAACUCUAUGGAUCCAUCCAUUUGUCAAUUUGGUUAGUGACAAUGGAAAUAAUCCGGCAUUACGGCAUUUUUUUGUGAAAGAUUCCAGUGGUCAACCCGGAAUCGUUGAAUGGUGGCAAGGACAAGCCUAUGUGAUCGAUUUCACAAAUCCUGAAGCGGUGCACUGGUUUUGUGAACAAUUGGAAAAAAUCAAAAAGCUUGGCAUUUUUUCAUUCAAAUUUGAUGCAGGUGAGGUGACCUAUCUUCCAGAAGAUGUUUGUCUACAUUUCGGUGCUUCGCCAAAUGAUUUCUGCGAAGCUUACGUAAGAACAGCUGCUUCAUUUGGAUCCUCAAUUGAGGUGAGAAUUUUUCGUCGUACACAGGCUUUGCCGAUAUUUUACAGGACAAUGGAUCGUCUAUCAACCUGGAAUAACAUUGGUUUAAACACUUUAAUACCAGUGGUACUUAAUUUCGGAUUACACGGUUAUUUCUAUAAUUUACCGGAUAUGAUAGGUGGUAAUGGAUAUGGUGGCCAAAGAUGUAGUAAAGAACUGUAUAUCCGUUGGAUGCAGGCAAAUGAGUUUCUGUUAUCCAUGCAAUUUUCGUACCCUCCAUGGCAGUACGACGAUGAGAUGUGUGAUAUAUUCCAUCGGAUUAUGAAAAAACGUAAUGAGCUAUUAAAUUUCUUGAUUGAAGCUUGCCGGAAAAGUUGCAAAAGUGGUCAACCUGUAAUACGGCCGCUAUGGUGGCUUUCGGAAGUUCCAGAAGCAUUUUGUUCUGGUGAUCAGUUUGUUAUCGAUGAUACUAUGAUCGUUGCGCCAAUUUUGAUUGAAGGUGCAACGUCACGAAGUGUUUUCCUACCGGAUGGUAUUUGGGAGCAUGAGUUAACGCACGAUAUUUACAAAGGACCGAGUAAAUUGACUAUUGAAGGUCCUCUUUUCCAUCAUGCACCGCCAUAUUUUACCCUUGUCGGAUAA